UAUCUUCACCCUAACAUUCAAACUUAACGUGGGUUUUAGCACGCCCCCGCCCUACCUCCUCCCAAAGCCCUUAUUUGCCCAUCCUUGCCUUACAAGCUCAGAACGAGCAGGCAACGGAAUGGCUGGUCUUGGGAGCAGGCGGUUGAGAUGCCAGGGUUUGGAGGCUAAGGGCUGGGGGUUGUGAGCGAGGACCUUCCCGCGUCUGCUACUCGUCCUCGCAGUUUCCUCCGCGCCCACUAGAAGGCGCCGGGGCGCUCGCAUUCCCCGCGCGGAGCCGAAGCAGCCGCAACCAGCCGGGAGCCUAACCGCGCGGCGCUGCGGUGCGAAGAGCCGGGAGGCCGCCAGAGCCCUCCCCGCGCUGCCAGUGGGACACGGAGCCAAGGAUCCCCGGUUUUGCCCCCGGGGCCGGGGUGCAACGGAUUCUUAACUUGGUCCUCGCGCCCCGCCAACCGCCCCCGGGCAGGAAACGCCCAGAACCACCACCGAGCCGCGCUCCACAAAAGCCCCGAGAGUUCCAAGGCGGGAGGGGUCGGGCGCGCUCCAGAGGCAGGAGGGUCCCCCACACCCUCAGGCUCACGCCCAGCUCCCCCAUCGAUCAGCCCCUAGCCCCAUGAGGACCCUCAGGCGGGGGCUGAGAGCCGGCACAGCCUGGACCGAAAUUUUGCCGCUGCCUUAGAGCAUUAGACAGGAUGUGGCUGGGCCGCCGGGCCCUGUGCGCGCUGGUCCUUCUGGUCGCCUGCGCCUCGCUGGGGCUCCUGUACGCGAGCACCCGGGACGCGCCCGGCCUCCAGGCACCUCUUGCGCCGUGGGCGCCCCCGCAGAGCCCCCGCAGGCCCGAGCUGCCAGAUCUUGCUCCUGAGCCCCGCUACGCACACAUCCCGGUCAGGAUCAAGGAGCAAGUAGUGAGGCUGCUGGCUUGGAACAACUGCAGUUGUGAGUCCAGUGGGGGGGGCCUCCCCCUCCCCUUCCAGAAACAAGUCCGAGCCAUUGACCUCACCAAGGCCUUUGACCCUGCAGAGCUGAGCGCUGCCUCUGCCACAAGAGAGCAGGAGUUCCAGGCCUUUCUGUCAAGGAGCCAGUCCCCAGCUGACCAACUGCUCAUAGCCCCUGCCAACUCCCCGCUCCAGUACCCCCUACAAGGUGUGGAAGUUCAGCCCCUCAGGAGCAUCUUGGUGCCAGGGCUGAGCCUUCAGGCAGCUUCUGGUCAGGAGGUAUACCAGGUAAACCUGACUGCCUCCCUAGGUACCUGGGACGUGGCAGGGGAAGUGACUGGAGUGACUCUCAUUGGAGAGGGGCAGGCAGAUCUCACCCUUGUCAGCCGAGGGCUGGACCAACUCAACAGGCAACUACAACUGGUCACUUACAGCAGCCGAAGCUACCAGACCAACACAGCAGACACAGUCCGGUUCUCCACUGAGGGACAUGAGGCUGCUUUCACCAUCCGCAUAAGACACCCACCCAACCCUCGGCUGUACCCACCUGGGUCUCCACCCCAGGGAGCCCAGUACAACAUCAGCGCUCUAGUCACGAUUGCCACCAAGACCUUCCUCCGUUAUGAUCGGCUACGGGCUCUCAUCACCAGUAUCCGCCGCUUCUACCCAACGGUUACCGUGGUCAUCGCCGACGACAGCGACAAGCCAGAGCGCGUUAGUGGCCCCUACGUGGAACACUAUCUCAUGCCCUUCGGCAAGGGCUGGUUCGCAGGCCGGAACCUGGCGGUGUCCCAAGUAACCACCAAGUACGUGCUGUGGGUGGACGACGACUUCGUCUUCACCGCGCGGACGCGGCUGGAGAGGCUUGUGGACGUGCUGGAGCGGACGCCCCUGGACCUGGUGGGGGGCGCGGUGCGCGAGAUCUCCGGCUUCGCCACCACUUACCGGCAGCUGCUGAGCGUGGAGCCCGGCGCCCCAGGCCUCGGGAACUGCCUCCGGCAAAGGCGCGGCUUCCACCAUGAGCUCGUCGGCUUCCCAGGCUGCGUGGUUACCGACGGCGUGGUUAACUUCUUCCUGGCGCGGACUGACAAGGUGCGCGAGGUCGGCUUCGACCCCCGCCUCAGCCGCGUGGCUCAUCUGGAAUUCUUCUUGGAUGGGCUUGGUUCCCUUCGGGUUGGCUCCUGCUCCGACGUCGUGGUGGAUCAUGCAUCCAAAUUGAAGCUGCCUUGGACAUCAAGGGAUGCCGGGGCAGAGACUUAUGCCCGGUACCGUUAUCCAGGAUCAUUGGAUGAGAGCCAGAUGGCCAAACACCGGCUGCUCUUCUUCAAACACCGGCUGCAGUGCAUGACCUCCCAGUGAUGGCCCGCAGGGGAUUUCUGACUCUCAGGCUGGGCCUGCCUCCUUGUCCCUGCCAGGAAUUUCCAACAAACCCCACCCACCCUGUGAGCACUCUACUGGCAGUCCCUGAGCCUCUAGUUCCUCACUCUUCUUUUUCAGAACCUUAUGCCCAAUAGGGGUUGUCCUGGUGACACCCCUCCUUUUUCGAGUGCCCAGAGGCCUGGUGGAGCCAUAACCUCUCCCACAGCCAGUGCCAAGUCCUCCCCCUCCCCAUUCUCAUGGGGCAGGAAAUGGGGGGAUCACUUUCCAAGUGCCAAAGAGCCCAGGGGGACUCUUAAGAACCUAAGGUGGAAACACUGUCCUCUCAUCUUCUUGGGACUGAGGGGGUGGGGAAGUUCCCCAACACAUAAUCCCAAGACUACCCCUCACCCGCAUCUUCAGAUCCAGUACCCUGUGUACCUGCUCCAGCCCCACCCUCACAGAGAUAACUUGUGGCACUGGGGCUGGGGUGAGGGCCAGCGAACACAUGGUGAAAGCCAUUCUUAGUUGUGUCUCUGCAAUGCUGUGGGCACAAAAGACGGAGCACCAAAGUCCCUGUGCAAACACCUAGACUCACUUCCUGGA